UUUGUCUCUCUUCUGUUUCUCUUUGAUCCAAAUCGAACCCUUUUUUUUGUGUUUUGUUUUGUUUUUAUUUUUUUAUUUUCAUGUACUUAAUUCGUAGCAUGGAUCUUCUUCUUCUCCCCAUUUUUCAUUCGUUUUACCGUUUUAGCUGAAACACUAUAAGAAAAAACAGUGUUUCAAGUUCCAACCUUUUUCACAUUGGGUUCUGUUUUCUCUUUAAAUCUUUGAUCUUUUUCGUUUUUCUCUUUCUGGGUUUUCUUCUGCCUUAGUUUUUAUGGUGGAUAUGGAUGGGUUUGGAGCUGUGGGUGAUGUUGGGGGAGUUCCUAACACAGAGGAUCUUAGGAAAUUGAGAGACGUUCCCACAGAAGGUGCAGUUUUUGAUGCAUCACAAUAUGCAUUCUUCGGUAAAGAUGUUGUCCAGGAAGUUGAGUUGGGAGGGUUAGAAGAGGAUGACCAUUUGCCUACUGUUGAAUCUAACGAGGAGGAAUUCUUUCUCAAUAAAGAAGAGGCUGAUGAUGUAAGAUCUCUUUCCGAUAUUGAUGAUCUUACUACUACUUUUUGGAAGUUGAACAAGGUUGUCAGUGGACCAAGAAGCGCAGGUGUUAUUGGUGAACGGGGAUCAAGAGAAAGCUCUACUUCUGAAUGGGCACAAAGGGAUGAUGCUGUUAACUGGUUUGAACAGAAUGCUUAUGAUAGUGAAGGUUCAAUGGAUGGCAAAAGAUGGUCGUCACAUCCCCAUUCUUCUCUAGCCCAUUUACACAAUUCGAAGUCCUUGUACAGAGCCUCUUCAUAUCCUGAGCAGCAAAUGCAGGAGCAACACCAACACCACCUUCAGCAUCGGUCUAGUGAACCAGUUCCUAACUGGCUUCUUGAUCAGCAUUUUUAUGAUACAGAAACUGAUCAUGAUGGCAAACGAUGGUCAUCACAGCCACAUUCCUCCAUUGCUCACUUACAAGAAUCAAAGCCCUUGUACCGAACAUCUUCAUAUCCUGACAAACCACAGGAGCUUCCUCGUUUUUCUAGUGAACCAAUUUUAGUACCAAAGUCUUCAUUUACUUCUUAUCCUCCCCCAGGUGGUUUAUCUCUGCAGGCUUCUCCAAGUCAUAGUACAGGCCACUUAAAUAUUCCUUAUCAUGCUGGAGCAGCUCAGAUGGCACUAUCAUCUCAAGAUCGUUCUCAUUUCUCCAAUUCUGCACUACAGUUGAGUGGAUUAAACCUUAGGUCACACUUUGGUGGAAACAUGCGUCAAGUUCCUACCGGUUCCACUCUUAAUCAGCGAAUACAGAAUCAAUUGGUCAACCAAACAGGGUUAUAUCCUGGAGAUCAUUCGAACCUCCUCAAUAAUAUGUUGCAGCAACAGUUACACCUUCAAUUGCAACAGCAGCAGCAUAGACUGCAUCAUCCUGUUCAGCAAUCUUCAGGCUACUUAUCAGGUUUCCAGUCCCAUUUAUUUAAUCCCCACUUCCCUUCUGGCUCAGCUGCAAUUAGAAAAUAUGAACAUAUGCUUAGUCUGGCUGAUGCUAGAGAUCACAGACCGAAAUCAACUCAGAAAGGUAAACAUAGUCUUCGUUUCUCCCAACAGGGUUCUGAUGCCAGUAGCCAGAAGAGUGAUAGUGGUUCAUUACAGUUUCGAUCCAAGUAUAUGACAAGUGAUGAAAUUGAGAGUAUUCUUAGAAUGCAGCUUGCUGUGACUCAUAGUAACGACCCAUAUGUAGAUGACUAUUAUCACCAAGCUUGUCUUGCGAAAAAACCUUCUGUGGCUAAGUUGAAACAUCCAUUUUGCCCAACCCAAAUAAGGGAACUUCCACCACGAGCCCGUGCUAACACGGAGCCACAUGCUUUUCUUCACGUGGAUGCCCUAGGGAGGGUUUCAUUCUCGUCUAUUCGGAGGCCUCGCCCUCUUCUUGAGGUUGAUCCUCCAAACUCUUCUGGUACCGGUAGCUCUGAGCAAAAUAUUUCAGAGAAGCCCCUUGAACAGGAGGCUAUGUUUGCUGCCAGGGUCACAAUUGAGGAUGGUCUUUGCCUUCUUCUUGAUGUAGAAGAUAUUGAUCGUUACCUACAGGUUAAUCAGCUGCAAGAUGGUGGAAGCCAAUUAAGACGAAGAAGGCAGGUCCUGUUGGAAGGACUAGCAACUUCACUUCAACUUGUUGACCCACUGGGAAAGAAUGGAAACAAAGUUGGGCUUGCUGCUAAGGAUGACCUUGUUUUUUUACGGUUAGUAUCUCUCCCUAAGGGACGUAAGCUCCUCACAAAAUAUCUUCAGUUGCUUCUUCCUGGCAGCGAGCUUCUGCGGAUUGUCUGCAUGGCUGUCUUUCGUCAUUUAAGAUUCUUAUUUGGUGGUCUUCCCUCAGAUUCAGCAGCUUCAGAUACUACAAGUAACCUUGCUAAGGUUGUUUGCCAAAGUGUCCGAGGAAUGGAUCUCGGUGCUCUUAGUGCCUGUCUUGCAGCAGUUGUUUGUUCUGCAGAGCAGCCUCCUCUACGUCCCCUUGGAAGCACUGCUGGAGAUGGUGCUUCCCUUAUUUUAGUAUCUGUUCUUGAGAGGGCUACUGAACUUCUAACUGAUCCGCAUGCUGCUUGUAACUUCAAUGUCGGUAACCGUUCAUUUUGGCAGGCCUCAUUUGAUGAAUUCUUUGGCCUUGUCACUAAGUAUUGCAUGAAUAAAUACUCGAGCAUCAUGCAAUCCUUGCUUAUACAAAGUACACCGAAUGUGGAUGACAUUGGACCAGAUGCUGCUAAAGCUAUUAGUAGGGAAAUGCCUGUUGAACUCUUGCGCGCGAGUCUUCCUCAUACCGAUGACCGCCAGAGGAAGUUAUUACUGGAUUUUGCUCAGCGCUCUGUUCCUGCGGUUGGAUUCAACAGUAAUGCUGGGGGAAGUGGUGGUCAUGUGAACUCAGAGACAGUGCUAAGUUGAUGGAUAGCGACAUGAAAAAUUUGCCUACUGAUAAUGGUUUUGGGGUUGAAGAUCACAUCAAAUAUGUUAAGGACAACCUUGCAUAUGCUCAAGUGCCUUUGGUAUUAUUCAAGUACAUCUAGAGCAGCAAUCUUACAUGAAAGUGCUGAGUUACAUCUAUGAUGGAGGCUUCUGGCUCAUCCUUCAUUGUCUACUUGUAAUGAUGCAGUAACAAUGUAUAGCAUUGUUAUAACUUUGCAAUCAGGCCCUUUAUGAUGGACUCGGCUUGAUCUGUUGUUCCUCUUGUCUUUUCUUUUUCUCUUGACAAGGGAUCUUAUUUUGUUACUAUGUGUGGCUGGUAGCAACAAAGUAGCUGUUAGCAUGUACAGGUUCUAGGUACAUAUUUGGUUCCCAUGUUUCCUUAUUGUUAUAUAUAAAAAGUUGGGUGUGGGUUGUACUCACAUAGUAUCUAAGAUUGAACCAUUCUACUGGAAAUGGUAUGGGCAACUGGGGGUUUGCAAACUUAGCUGGGAAAAAGGUUGACAUGUUGGUGGUAUGCUGAAAUUCAAAGGAACAAUGUAC